AUGGUGCUCGACUAUUUGACCAUCCUUGCUACAUCUGUUGACGUCGAACGGCUAUUUGGUCGUGGACAUCUCUUACUCUCCCAUGUCCGCUCACAUCUCUCAGCCCAAUCGACUCACGCGCUACUUGGCCUCGGCUCCUGGAGCACCCUCAAUCUUGUGAAGACCGAAGAUGUUAUAAAGGUUAGCAAUAUGCCUGAUGCCAACGGGGAGGAGGAAGAGUUCGAGGACGGCUGGGACUGCAUUGAUGUUACUGACCAGUAA